AUGUUUUUAGAGUGGAUAACAGAAUUAGGACUUCUCGAACAUGAUCCUGAUAGUGGUGUCUUGUCAAAGUUUCCUCUGAAUGUUCAGAAAAGUCUCAUCUCAGAGAUAACCCAAACUCUCCUUCAAACACGUGAUUCUUCGCUUUUACCUUCACCAGCUCAUGUACAAUGGGUAAUGGAGGCCGUCGGCCAAGGAUUUGCUCUGCCAUUGGAGGAAAUGGAUAUUACGGCCAAUUCAAAAGAAUUGUAUUCUCAAUGGCUAUUUGAGCCUAACUGCCGACCAGCGGCUAUAAGGGAUCUUUCUGGAAAACCGGAAGAACAGCGAUUUUGGCAGGUGAUAUUUCAUCAUUAUUCCCUACUCUUUCGGCCGCGUACAUCCUCUAGCAAUACGUCCCAGACAUCCACACCGACAGCCCCUAAUUUUCCAGCCUUAUCAAGCUACAACGAUUUCCAACGACAUGUAGAGCUAUGUAAAGGUGUUUUGAUAGUAUUAACAAUGGCAGGCCGCACAUUAGGAUCUCAAUUUUCAGAAGAAACUUGGCGAGUGCUUUUAAAAGUUGUAUUAGGCAUCACAGAUUAUUUGCUUCGUGAACACAUAUCGACUGUAAGUUCAGACAACAGCUCUGAUAGAUACGCGACCAUGAGUAUGGGCGAUGAACUAUGCGAACAUUUACUGCGUGUGCUUUUUGAGUUGUGGCUCAGGUCUAAAAUCCAGGAAGUCGAUAUGUGGGACAUUCUGCAAAAGUGUUUUAACAAAUGGACACAUAGACAGCAGGCAAUUAAUCAGUGGAAUGCGGCUAUUUUAGGGCUUACGCAGAGAAUAGUCAGAAUUUUAUAUGGGCCACGGGAGGGAGCGGAUGUUGUCAAUAUUUCUGUUGGUGGAUAUAAUGUUGGGUUAGAUUUACCGAACGAAUAUGUUCGUUAUGCAUGGUAUAGGAUGACAUAUUUGAUUGAUAAUCCAUGCAGAUUGCCAUCAGCCAACUUUGCAUUGGCUAUCAAUGGCAUUGGACGUAUAAUAGAAGUCCUGCAUUCAGUGGGAAUGUCUAAUUAUAGCAAAGUAGGAAGCAGUGAGGUUGAAAAUUCGCUUGAUUCUAUGGCGAAUGGUAACGCCAUAUUACGUAUGUUUGCGUCCUGGCUUUUUGAAGCAUGCUCUAUAACGCGAAAGGAUGCUGAUGCUCAACAAGGAAGAGCCGAAGCAUUUGGUAUUCUGUGUCGGAUAUUUUGUUCUCCUCAGCCCGAGACAUUGCAUCGUACUUAUAUAACGCAGUUCUAUCUUGCUUUAACUGAAGGAUUACGCGUAGACAGUUGUUUGCCAACUAUUCUGAUGAACACUACUUCGUUAUUUGCUACUGAUCUCGAAGGCGUUAGAAUGAUGGUACCAGACUUUGUUGUAGGCAUUAAAAUGGUAUUACCCAAGUUGGCAUCCAACUUUAAGACUCGACUUACACUCGAAGAACUGCGGCUAGCGGCAAUCCGUGCAGCAGGUACCAUAAUGUGUUUACCUAAUCAUUUUGAAAAGGUUUCUCUAAAGGAGAAUUGGGAUCUUGGAAUGCACCAAAACGGUGAUAAAGUUGUCAACGAUCCAGAUGAAGUGGUUGUACACGAACUGAUACGUGUCUUGUACUCUGAAGAAGACUUGAGGGAAAAAAAUCAUAAAGACCCAUCAACCCAACCGUUUACAGCUUUGAAAUACCACAUCUUGGAGCUGCUGCUUUUAUCACUAAAGACUGAGACGUCGUCGUACAAUCUUCGGUAUCUGCUUCACCUUAUCAACGUCUACGUAAUUGAAGAUGUUGCCUUCUGUCCCGGACUAGUCGGUGCGGUUGUGAAGUCUAUACAAGAAAUGUUGUUGACAAUGAAUCUUCCAUCAGAUGUGACGGCCUGUGCUUUUGACGUCUUAAAGGACUUUGUAGGAUUGUAUCACUACAUUCAGAGAGACAGUCGGAAUUGUACCAGGGAACUCGUGUUGGUUUUCUCUCGAUAUAUAGACAAUAUGCUCGCGGGUGCAUGUGGUGGAUUGGCUGUAACAUACCACCUGGUUGAGAAAGCAUAUGAUUGUAUGAUGCGUUGGAUACUCGUUGGACAGUGGAUCGUUGGCGACCGUGAUUGUCAUGAGGCAGUGAUUGCAACUAUUAGUCGGGGCAUAUCCAUCAUCGCAGACGAUGAUGAUAGCGCUUCUCAGGCAAACGCGCAUACGGACAAGAAAAAGAAUCGGAAAGAAAACGCACCAAAUAAGUUAUUUAUACAGCGCGGAAAUAAAGCUGCCACAUCAAGCAAUGAAAGUAUUCCAAAUAACAGUGGAUCUGCUCGAUAUGGCAGGAAAGGAGAAAGCGACGUUAAACUUGCAGCCGAAGUAGCAAUGGCGCAAUUUGUCAACCAUUUGGGCAACUUUCCAGCGUGGGGGGAGAACGUUGGCCCUAGCCGGGUAUCUACUCUGUUCAAGAAUGAUUUGAACCUCGCACAUGCACAACUUGCGGCGUCGCGAGAACACAACAAAAUGACCGGGGAGCUUGUUCGUUAUUUCAUGAUUGAUGGUCGGGUGAUAUUGGGGUUUGUUGAAAUGCCCAAGGAUGCCGCGUGGCUUGAGCGCGUAGCUAAAAGUCAAGAAUUGGAUGAUAGUAAGGAUGCCCCAUCAGUCAUAAUAGUCAUCCGUGAUUCAACUGGAAAAUAUUCCUGGACAACACACAUGCGUUACAAGCCAAACCCUCAACACGACAAUGAGCAACCCAAAGAUAUACCGAAUUCACUGCCUCUCAGUAAUGUUCCCGGGCCGUCAUCGCCUACCCGGACUGAGACACCAUCAUAUUUGUUCAAUAAUCAAACCACUAAUAAUACGUUCGACGUACCCGACGUAACUGCGUAUGCUGAAAAACAUGCCAUGCCCACUUUAGACAGCUUGCUGGAUAAACAGAAUGAGCGUAAGAGAGCGUUUAACGUUGUCAAGAAACUGACACAAAAGAUAAAAGAAGUCGAGGAGCGUGUAUGUAUUGAAAAGUGUAACAAUAAAAGUCAGCAGCAGAGCUGUAAGGCGGUUCCGCCGGGAUUGAAUACAUAUUUAGAGAGUCCGCAGGUUUUCCGGCUAUUUCUCGCACAAAUGGGUUCGUUUAGCCUCGAAAAUCGCCAUCGCGUCAUUCCGUUGAGAAUAUCAAGAAGAUUCGUAGAAGAUUUGGAGAAAUUGGAUGGAUUCCACGAACGAGACUACAUGACUGCCUCAGUAUAUUAUGCCAGUUCUGGGGAAGUCAACUACGAAAAAUUGAUCAAUCUUGAAAAUUACGAUGACGAUUUCGAAAAGUUUCUAAACGCGCUCGGAUGGCCUAUGGCACUCGAAAGUCAUCCAGGAUAUAAAGGAAAAUUGAAUCACAAGAUCUGCAAAACAGCUCCAUACUUUGCUGAUAGAACAGUCGAAAUUAUUUUCAAUGUACCGAUCCUCAUCCGCAAACCCGAAACGAAUGCUGAUUAUGCUGGAUCUCUUACAGAUAUCUUUCGAACUGUAGCGGCCGAUGACUAUGUCGUCAUAAUAUGGAUAGAAGAUUUAAGAGGCUUGCAUAGCCUUCCGCAUAAAAUAGGAAUGUCAGGAUUGGUUUACAUCUGUGUACAUCCGCUACAGAAUGCUACAGGAUUGUAUUGGAUAAAGAUAAUUACUCCUAAGCUUUCACACUCGAGUGGCACUGAUAAAAAGAUUGGGAAAGGGAAAGGCGUGAUAUGGAAUGUAUCUACCAAAUUGGCAGACAAUCAUCUGUUUUUUGGCCCGUUGGUGGAUGGUAUGAUUGUGAGCCGACAUGCCCUUGGACUACUUGUUCGGAACACGGCAAUAUCAGCUCACGAAGCGUGUCGGCGUUUAUUGGAAAAUUACAGUAAACCUUAUGCCGUCCGACGACGCUUUAUUGAAGAAAUACACAGACGUCAUAAAAGCAGCGGGACUAUAUCAGAGUAUGUUGUCAGUUCGUUUUAG